AUGUCUUCAUCAUCAUCAUCUUCUGCUCCUUCAUCCCCCUUGGAACUUUCAUUUUCUGAUUCUUCUGCUCCCUCGGCUCCCCCGAAAACUGAUUUUAAAGAAUCCUGGAAAAUUCAAGGACUCAAAAUGGAUCUGGAAACUGAGAGAAAAGAGAUUCAGAAUCUCCAGGAGCAAUUGAAGAACGCCGAGUUGAAAAACUCGAUAAUCAGUCAAAAAAUGGAUAUAGUGGAAUGCGAAAAAGUGGAGAUUUUCAAUGAUUUAGUGAGAAAUGAGAAUGAGAUAAAGUGUCAAGACAUGGAGAUUGACCAACUGGAAGCCGGGAUUCGUAUGGCUGAGAAAUUGUUGAAGGAGCAGAAAGAGCAGCUGGAGGAGCUCCGUGGCAAUCAGAAGAAGGAGAAGAUAUGGAAUUACAAAGAGUCAUGGGAACUCCAUCAGAGCGUCAAGAAGAAUGAAAAGACGUGCGAAAAAGGAUUUUAUGGAUUAUAA